AUGCACACAUCCGUCAACUGCAACAUAUACCUACCUACCUUGCGCUUUCGCCCAUGCACUUACGUUGCACCUGCAGUCUCGGCGGAGAAUGAAUCGGGCAGUCCGUCGAUUAAGUCUUUGGGCCUAUACACGCCAUUGGAUGAUGAGCCCGUAGACGACAUCUUCAAUCUGCAGUCGUACUUCACCACGUCGAAGCGUUCAACG